GGAAGAUUGGAAAAUGAAAGUAAGUCUGUGCUUUAUAAGAAACGGACCGUAUAAGAAGGAAACAUUUUUCUGGAGCUGACGUGAAUCAUGAAUCAGGCUGUUCUCACACUGCUGUGUGCUCUGUGGUUAGGAGUGACUCCUACACACUCUGCAGGGCAAGCAGGGGGGCUAUCACAACGCUGUUUAUGCAGAGGCAGACUGCUGAUAACAGUGAAGCCCAGAUGGAUUCAUGCAGCUGAAUUGUUCCCACCAAGUCCCUCUUGCUCAAAGACGGAGAUUAUAUUGACUGUGACUGGAAAAGGAAAGGGUAAAGGAAAGGAGGCUAACAGAAAGGUGUGUUUGGAUCCAAAUAAGAGACAAGGACAGAGAUUACUGAAGGGCAAAGGGAGGCAAAGCAAAAAGCAAAGGAACAGAGGAAGAAAAGAGAAGAUUAAGAGGCCUGACAAAAAUGAUGAUAAUUGAAGUUACUCUGUUAUAAUACACAAGAUUUCAAAGCCAUUUAGCCAUAAAUAUAUUCUUUGUGAUUUUAAACAUUUCUCUGAUGAAACUAUAACUAAUACAGGCUUGUUUUGAUUCAUGCCAGUGAAUGUUCUGUUCUAUCAAGAAUGAUGAGCACAUUGAUAAAGUUUUGAGCUGAACACACUUUUAACUUUUACUAAAUAAUUUUUAUACAAACCUUUCUAAUCCAGAUGAAAUCUGUGUGUGAUGUAGCCAUGAAAUAAAAAUAAUGCAUGCUAAUUUGGUGUUUUGUUUACUGAAGACUAUUAGUAUGAAACAAUAAAUGUUUUGAUUACA